UCAGAUCUCUAUACGAUGUGUAAAGGCAGCCAGCCUGUGCACAGAACUUCAGGCCUGUGAAUUCAUACAGAAGAAUGAGCUAAUUCUCUGGAGCUGCCCUUGUGCUCAUUUUGAAACUGAUUCCAAUGCUGUUCAAAUAUGAAACAAAGUCAUACAGAGGAGGCAGAAAUAAAUUCCACAUUGUGCACAAAAUAUAUUUUACACCAAUUUGAUUAGUUAGACAAAUUAUAGGCAUCUAGAUUUACCACUACAGUUUGCAUCCUAACACACAAGACUCAGGGUGAGAACUGACAUUUCUGCAGUGCUCUGACUGCCAGCCCAGUGAACCACACAGGCUAAUCUCCCAGAAUCCACUCUACUUUCUGGGCUUUCGGACUCAACCUGCACUGCAAGAGGAGCUGCUGACAGACUGAGCUGCAUCUCUAGUCACAGGUGUCAAUAGCUCCUCUCCCCUGGUCUGAUCUGUCUCUUGUACUUGUAAUGGGGUUUGUCUCGAUGUGUGUCAUUGUAGCCUAUGGAGACAGCACCCCCAAUGGGCUGGAGUGUUUCACCUGUGAAGGACAGGAUUGCACCAAGACUCUACAGUGUGUGGGGGCUGAAGACCGCUGCAUAAAAACCACUGUAAAGUUUAGGUUCUACAAGUUUGUCAUGAAGGGAUGUGUCAGCAAGAACGCCUGUGUUGCACAGGGCAGUGAGCAGCUGCCCAAGUACCUCGGUGAGGGGUUCAGCUGCUGUCAGGGGAACCUGUGCAACAGCGCCAAGCGUGUCGCGCAGAACAUCUUCCUCCUCCUGCUGCCUCUCGCCUCCGUCAGGUUCCUCUUCUGAGCUCCGACACGCCAACGUGCCUCCUGACAGGACUCUCCCCACCUGCCGCACACUGGAGGAGCGGCCUGUCC